AAUUUGAAGUUAUCUGCAUUAGCUUUCUUAUCAUUUGAUUAUAUGCUCUAGUUAUAAUUAUUUUAACUAAAUUAUUAGCAAAUAUAAUAGACAAUAACAUAAAUAUAGUUACAUAUUAAACAAUUCAAUUGACAUAUCUUAGCACUCGGUUUCCCUGCAUGUAUUCUCUGACAGCUGCUUUGGCUGCAACACUAAAUCAAGUUUAAGUAAUCGCAUGUUUAUCGACACUAAUUGGCGCGCUUGCAAUUACAUUGGUUUGUUUAACGAAAAAGAGUUCGGAGAAGUGCUGUGAAAAUGUCCACUUUAGAAUUAUGUGAAAAGUUGUUUGGUACCAGAGAUAUUUAUAAAUUAUUUGAUAUACCGAAAACUGCCACGGAUAAUCAAAUUAAGAAAGCAUACUAUAAAUUGUCUCUGAAAGUACAUCCAGACCGAGUUGCAAACAAUGAAAAGGAAACUGCUACGGAGAAGUUUAAAUUGCUAUCAAAACUAUAUCAAGUCCUUACCGAUAGUGGGAAACGGGCCUUAUAUGAUGAACGCAAUAUGAUUGACGAUGAUGAUGUGGAAAGUAAGUUGUCAAAUUGGCUCGACCUAUGGAAGUCCAUCUUCAAACCAAUUACCGAAGAAGAUAUAGUUAACUAUGAGAAUUCAUACGUGGGCUCUGAUUUGGAGAAGUCUGAUAUAAAGAAAGCAUACUUAGCAGGAAAGGGAAGCAUUGAUCAUAUUAUGAAUGCCGUGCCGUUUUUCAAAGUUGAAGACGAACCACGUUUAAAAGAAAUUGUCAUGGAAAUGAUAAAUGCCGACGAAGUUCCAGAAUAUGAUGUGUUUGUUAAUGAACCAGAAAGUAAACGCAAGAAGCGUCAUAACAAAUAUGCACGUGAAUCUAAGGAAGCUGAGAAAAUUAAAAAGAAAAUGAAAGCAAAAGAUGACAAUUUAAAUACUUCCAGUUUGGAAAAACAAAUUAUGUUAAGACAGAAAUCUCGUGUAGAAAACUUUGAUUCGCUUAUGGACAAAUUAAUGGAAAAAUAUGGUGGCGAUGACGAUUCUGAGGUGUUAGAUUUCAGUGAACGAAAAAAGACUAAAACACCGAAGUCAAAAAAAUCUAGGCAAAGUAAAGGAACCAUUGAAGGGAAAGUCAAAAAACGACGUCAAUAAACAAAACAAAUAUGCAUUUACUAUUUACUAUUCUCUUUUGAACAAUUUUCA